UCAAAAUUGCGCGCUGUACCUCGUACUGAGUAGGUGUCACACACACCGUCGCGCAUCUGAACUGUGUACCUAGCAGACACGAGCUAUGGAGCUGGUUGCCACUUCGUCGGGUUGUUCAACUGUCAAGAAAAUGCGGGCAGAUGCAGCCAACAACCUUCAAGUGCAGGCCCCCGUUGUUUUGUCUGACGGUCAAAACGUUUACAACAUCCAGGAUUCCACCGUCACCCUCCAGGAAACAAAAUGUGAAACACCAAUCUACCCUUUACAGAACAUCAUAGAUGCGACAGAAAUGCUGAUGAAAUGUGAGGAUCCUGACAAACAUGUAUCAACCUAUGCAGAAAGGACAGCUUUGAAGCAUCUGAAAAACACUGGAUGUGUGUUCAUCAAAGGAAGAAGUGGUACAGGGAAGUCUAGGGUUGCUCUCAGUCUUUUAUCGCAGAUUGAAAAAGACACAGGAAGAAUACCUUUGGUAUUGUCCUUUCCCCAACAGUGGAAAGACGUCCCGCUGGGGAAGUCUAAAGGACAAUAUGUGGUGCUAAUUGACGAUAUAUUUGGAUCCUCCAACCUGUUUCAAUCCCAGGUAGAUGAUUGGAGUAAGGUGCUGAAAAUCAUGAACGCUGUAGUAGAGCUUGGCAACAUCUUCCUGGUGUUGACCUCGAGGCCAGAGAUCAGUGCACAGUGUGAGAAGAGGAUGAAGAAACACGAACUGUUUAAAAGGAUCAAAUGCGUCACUCUGGAUGACGGCGAGUUCUCACUCAGGGUUUCAGAGAAACAGAAAAUCAUGGAGAAAUAUUUCGGGAGGAAGGUAAGGCUAUCAGAGGAAGACAUGAAACAAAUUGCAGAGAUGAAGACAUCUCUUGGUUUUCCCCAGUGUUGUGCAUUUUUUGCAUCAAACAAACUUCCAUCAUCAAGAGCUGUCAGCUUCUUCCGCAGCCCCCAAGUUUGUGUCAAAGAAAUUCUUGACUGUUUGAAGGAAAAUGAGCCACUGAGCUACUUUGUGUUAUUACUGGUGAUGAUUCAAAAAGGGUUCCUUGACCACAAACUCUUGAAAUCAAGAAAAGAUAGAAACCUCAGUGGCGUGGUAGCGGAUUUGUCCACAUUCUGUGACAUUCCAGGUCCUCCAGGGUAUGGCCAGAUCGCAAGUAAAGCUGCUACUCUCUCUGGUGUUUAUCUCCUAAGCACACGAAAUGGUUUUGAAUUCCAGCAUCAGUCAAUAUACGAUGCAGUUUUCCUUGAUCUUGCUGGUGAGGACCCAGAAAUGUGCAUCAAAAUUUGUCCUGCACAGAUGCUCGUUGAGCUGGUGAGGACACAAAGUAAGGAGACUGAAGAAGAGGGAGUUGUGAUUCUCUUGACAAAAGAAUACUUCGAGAUCCUUGCUGACAGAAUUACAAACAUCCUUCUGUCAGAAGACGGAAGUGAGAUCCUGAAUCACCCCUCAUUACUUGACGAAAACUUUCGACCAUAUCUUGAGACAAAAUUGGAGCGAAGCGUAUGCGAAGACAUUGGUAAAAGAGAAGUGAGUGCUUCAAGCAUCACAUACUACCCCGACAUUUGUAAUAUGCUCGUCCCUCAUGUUGUGUUCACUUAUACAUUCCUCCUUUCACACAUGGUGAUGAAGCAAAGCGCGCUGGCGAAAUACAUUCUAUUGCAAAGUUCAAACAUUCCAAAUGCUGUUUUGAAAGAAUUUAUGAUUUGUGCUAUCUACCAAAGUCACAAUGAAGUCAUUAACUUGCUGCUGGACAGAGGGGUUAUUCCGGAUGAAACUUGUGUGAAGGCACUUUCAGCCUCCCAAAGCAUUGAUGAAGCAACAUCGUCUCGAUUGCUUGAUUUGAUAUCAACCGCUUUGGAACGAUUCCAAGAAAGAGAAGAUGUCUUGUUCUUGGCGUCUCUGAAUGGAAACGUGGAAUUGGUUCGGAGAAUCAUAGACGCAUCUGGAGAUGGAAGUCAUGAGAUUUGCUCCCAUGGUCUUUCUGCUUUGUUCAAGGGGAUGGCAAAUAAUCCAGAAUACAACAAUGUUGAGUGGUGGCAGAGGAAACGCCAGAGCCUCGAGGAAAUACUCCAGUUACUGUUAACUUACAUCCCAGAGAUGGAGGAAGUUUAUAAAUGUGCGGGACAUGUAUGGCCAGUAGCUAUGAAGAUGCUGAUAGAAAAGAGCACAUCUCACAAUGUUGAUGUCCACAACUUAAAGAACUGUCUGCAGGUAGCAUGCGAGGUCGGAGGAGGCGAGUGUGUACGCAUCAUCUUGGAACAUCUGACCGUUACAGAGGGCACGUAUGACAACAUUGCAGACUGCAUAUGCCUGUCUGCACAAUCAGUCACAGACAGCUGCCUAAAAAUUCAGUUGUUGAUGAAUUAUAUUGAUACGUUUUGUGCGAACAUUGGAAAUGUUCCAUCACACAGCCAAUUACUGAACAGGAUAUUUGGCACGUUUACACUAUUAACUACAGCGUCCGAACUCGGUAACCCCGACACUGUGAAGAUGCUGAUACAGAAAGGAGCUGAUGUCAAUCUGGAAGAUGGUAUAGGCUCUACACCUCUUCAUACGGCUGUGUGUUGGGACAAUUUAGCCUGUGUUACAGCUCUUCUUGAAGGUGGAGCCCUUGUAAACAAACGUGUACCAGGUUGUGAGCCUGUCCUUUUUGCUGCAAAGAGGCUUGACAUAGUUCAGAAGCUGGUAGCUGCUAAAUGUGACAUCAAUGCAACAGAUGAAGAUGGGAGAACAGCUCUACACACGCUGGCCACAUCUAACAACUUUGUUGUUCUUAAAUUUUAUUGAACAAAGGAUGCAACGUUGAUCAGAAGGAUGAGUACGGCAUCACAGCGUAUCAUUUGGCAGCACUGUGUAGCGAUCUGGAUAUACUGAAAUAUCUGCAUAAAAUGCAUGCUAAGCCAACAGUUGAUGUUCACGGAUGGUCAGUGCUUCACUACGCUUGCAGGUCCGUCAAUGAAACAAUGGAAAAGGUGCAGUUCCUGGUGGACACUGUGAAGGUGCCAGUCGAUACAAGAGACGAGGAUGGAAGAACGGCACUGUAUCCAGCAGUGCAGAGAGGUGAUGCAGAGGUGGUGGAGUUCCUGGUAGAAAGGGGGCUGAGUAUAAGGGACAGGGACAAGGAUGGCAACACAUAUCUACAUGCAGUAUUUCAAAUGUCCAUCCAUGAUGAAAUGCUGACGUUCCUUUUCAAGGCCAACUUGGCUCCAGACUUGUACAACACACGUGAUGGAAGAACACCACUGCAUCUGGCAAUAGAUUCAAGACUAAGGUAUUUCUCUGAAGACCAUUUGGUCACUUUGAUUGACAGAACUUCCAAUAUCAAUCACAAAGAUUCCGAAGGAAGGACGCCUCUUCAUAUGGCAGCAUACCGUGACGCCAGUUGGGUUGUGAAGCGACUCCUCGGAAAAGGAGCUGACAAAGAGAUAAAGGAUUCAAAAGGAUGUAAAGCUAUUGAUUUGGUGCCUGAAGAUGGAAGUGGCGAGACGAAAGCCCUUUUGUGUCCUGAAAUACCGACCCCUGAAAUUGUACACAGCGGACAGGGUGCGUCUCCAGAAGACUAACUUACAGCAAGCUACGGUUAUAACGAACCCAAGUGAUCACGUAUUCUAGUUCGAUAUAACCGUAGUUUCUUGUACGCAGUUCCCCGGUUGUUGUAGCCGUACUGCACUGUACUUUGAAAAGCAUCAAAGAGAUUCACACUAGUGCAACGCUACAAAAUCGGUACAGAAAAAUAUAUCAUCAGACUUUUGUCAAUUCAGCCAGUGAACAUUUGACAUUUGUAGCUUGACAACAGAAAUGAAAUGUUAACUUUGAUUAUGGGACAAGCAUACGCAAGCAAUGUAUUCAUAACUUCUUUCUAAUGGUCAUGCUAGUUUCAAGUGCACGAUACAAAUUCGAAAAUGGACUUACUGGUCCAAGUCGAAAUCGACUAAACCGAACCAUCGACUAAACCGAACCGAGUGUAGAUUAAACAUUGCCCAGGCAUUAUUAUGCACAUACACGUGUCCCCACCUCCAGAGAGAACAGCCAGGAACAUAUUUGUUCAGUCGUAUCCUGGUAUCUCGAACAAUGUGGGACCGGGUUGUAGCUUCGAGAUAUCCUGGCGUUCCAGAUAACGAGACCUGAUCAGCUUCCUUCCCCGAAGCUACUCCUCGGUAAACAAAAUAAACCCUUCCUCCUCUUCAUUACAAACAGGGGCGGUGGGGUAGCCUAGUAGUUAAAGCGUUGGUUCGUCACGCCGAAGACGAGAGUUCGAUUCCCCACAUGGGCACAAUGUGUUAAGCCCAUUUUCUGGUGUCCCCCGCCGUGAUAUUGCUGGAAUAUUGCUAAAAGCGGCGUAAAACUAAACUCAGUCAGUCAGUCAGUCGUUGCAAACAGAUACGAGUUUCUAAACAAUAUUCAUAUAUAACUAAUCAACUUUAAUCUCAAAUAUUGUUCUUACAAUUCACUUGUCUGGGGAUACAAAAGUCUGACGCUUCAUAUUGUUUUCAGAGUAUUCAUUUCAAAUUCCACCAGGUGUUAGGCAACAGGUAUAUUACAGCUGAAAUAAAAUGAUAGCUUAAUUGUCUAUUCAUGAGAAAAGAAACCCAUUUGCAAUUCUUAAACCGUAUUUAUAAGAUUCAUACGGGUAUAUAAGGUGAACAGUUGGUAUUAAUUACGGUAAAAUAUGUGUUUAACACACCAUCAUCAGCAGCAGCAGCAGCAGCAGCAGAAUUGUUUGAAACAAAUAAUAAUCCUUUAAAAAGAAACAAUAGGACACUUUAACUGACAGGGACAUAAUGGUUUUGAAUUCUAAACUUCAACGUUGAAUUGUGUUAUUAUAUCUCAACAUCCAGUUUUCACUCUUUGUACAUAGGUGGCAAUUAAAUAUUGGUAUAUGUGCUUUACACACGAUCA